GAAUGACUAUGGACUAAUGUAUGGACCUGACUGUCUUUCUCUCAGAGGGUCAAGUUUGUGCUGAACCGAUAACGACGUUGUGUGGGAACUUCAGAGUCAACCUACUUGACACUAUAAAAGCGAACAUGCCCGUUUCAACUAUGAACAUUUAGAAUCAAUAUUUUUUUCUGCUGUUUCAGGUGAAAAUGGGGUGUUUCGGCAGCAAGGACAAGCUGUCCAAGGAAGAUAUGGACUUCCUGAAAUCGCACACUCGAUACGACGAAAGUACGAUCAAAGAGUGGUAUAAAGGAUUCAAGCAAGACUGUCCAAAUGGUCGACUGACGCCGGCAAAAUUCGUAGAUAUGUACAAGAUGUUCUUCCCUAGCGGCAACGCAGAAGAAUUCUGCGACCAUGUCUUUAGAACAUUUGACAUGGACAAAAACGGUUAUAUUGAUUUUAAGGAAUUUCUGCUAGCGAUAGACGUGACAUCUAGUGGAACACCCGAAGAAAAACUGAAAUGGGCUUUCCGGAUGUACGACGUGGAUGGAAACGGCGUUAUAGACAUACAGGAAAUGACCAAAAUCGUCCAGGCAAUUUAUGACAUGUUGGGCGCCUGCUCCGCAAAUCGUCCGGCGGACUCGGCCGAAGAGCGCGCCAAAAACAUUUUUGCCAAAAUGGAUGAAAAUAAUGACGGACAACUCACACAGGACGAAUUCCUCAAAGGAUGUCUGCAGGACGAAGAAUUAUCCAAAAUGUUAGCCCCUUAGAUGUAGGCUGCCUCAAAAAGUGAUAGUGUAUACUGACACUGACAAACUCGUUUUUAAGAGGUGACUAGGAUAUGGACACGUGAUGAGUUAGAUAGAUUCGGAGCAAGUGAAAAUGGUGGGAUUGGGAUUGUGAUGGUAUACCGACCCAUGAAGAGUCUCUGUCUUUAUAAGUACAUAUAUGGUAGAGCUUCCAUUUUCUAAAUAUGAUUAUAUGUUUAAUACCAAUAGGUAUUUCAUAACAAAUUCUAAAUGUUGUUAGUAUUUUAUGUCUAAAAAACACAGUGUACUAGACAGUAUUCUGGAAUUUAACCUUCUCUUUUCUUCUUCUGCUUCUAUCAACUGUCUACUUCGGGGUAAAGACUCGUAAUGAUUUUACAAUUCUGUGUAGUCCAAAGAUCAUAGAUAGAGUGUGAUUGGUAUAUAGAAGUGUAAUGUGACAGGAGUAAAGGUAUUUGACCAUCAUGUCUAGAAAUCCCAUAUUGUACUCACUUGUUCUGUGUGUGUGACACAACACCAAUGAAUAUAUUUCAUUUGCGCAUCAAAACUAGCAAAUUUGUGCGAAAUUAAAAGGCGGUGAAAAGUGUUUCAAAAAUUUGUAUGUCCGUACAACCCUUCGUUGUAUACCCCAUAGAAAUUUCCGCAACUUGCUUGAAAUUUGGGAUUUCGCACUUGUAUUUGUACAUACAUGUUUUAUGUGGGAAGCUGUGGAAGACUUGAGUGACUACGGUGUAUUUUUAUUAUAUUUCUAUUACUAUAUCAUAGAUUCUACUAUUGUAGGAGCUACUGUCAGUUAAGUAUGAGAAGAAAAUAGAUUAGAAUUUACCAUAAUCUAGUUCAACAAAAUUAAUAUCUCUAUGAUAUGUAAUAACCAUUUCCUUCGACGAAUUGUGAAAUUAAGACGGUUAUAGGAGAGUAAAAAUCUGUUAUUUAUAUAUCCAGAAUUUUGAACUACUGUAAAUAACAUUCAGAAAGGUAAAGCGAAAAAAAAUGUACCAUAUAUACAUAGAGUGUGAUCUAAAAGUCCCGGAACAGCCAGAUAUUUAGAAAUAUUUAAGAUGUAUGAUUAUUGUAAAUUAGUACAUAUCCAGGAUUUUCCCAUUUCAGUGAUAACCCUGAAUUUAACUUUGAGCAUAACCUCGAAAGUCCAAAGUCAUGACGUUUCUUUGAAACGGGACCCCGUACUUUUAACCAUGAAAACGCAUAGAACAUACAAUUGAGGUUAUGGUGAAUCUCGGUUUCAAGAUCAUCAGUGAAUAGAUAGAGACAAAUUGAAGCUCCUACUGCAUUUAUAGGAUGAGUCUGACGUUCAAGGUCAAAAUUUCACCUAAGGUCAUAUCUGAACGUUAAAUUUCAUGUCAUUGUAUUUUUAAGAAUUUUUUUUGGUGAUGAUUUGACCGUCACGAUCAAGGUCAAAUUCAAGGUGUUCACUAAGUAGCUGGCGAAAAAUACUGAACCUUUUCUAUUCAUUUUACUAUACCUUUUGAAUAUUCUCCUUAUUAGUUAUUGGUCUAAUAAUCAGUAGUAGCAGGUCCCAGACUGUCGAUCGUGGAAGUACCACCCCUCUUAAGCGGGGCCAUAAUGUGUCCAUGUAACCUGAACACGUGUUUCCUCACUAGAGUUCGUGUGACGUCCCCCUUUUCCCUGUAUCCCCCAUUAGCCUCAUAGUUCUGACCGGUAUUUAGGCAAUAGGCCUUCGUGGUGGUUCAGGUAUAAAAAAAGACCAUGCUUUUCUAGACUUUUGGAUCACCCUCUAUACUAUAUAUUGUUCAUAUCCAGGGUACCCGAAUUGCAAGAUUAUCCGAAAAUUCGACAUACUUAAAAAAAUCUUCGGUCUUACAUUAUGCAACCCGCGAUAGCAGUAUAAAUGCACUUCAUCAUGGUGAAUACCAUCGUGCUCGCUACCUACCAAGGAGUAUUGGCUUUAUCAGAAAAGUUCAUCAUAAAUGAACCUAUAUCAAUACUUUGUGUCUAUUUAUGCCAUAAUAUUGUUAAUUACGUUUCAAAAUCAACAAUAUUAUGUUCAGGUUCCUGAUGUGUAGAAAGAAUUUUUCCAAAUCCUUAAUCUGUUUAACGGAAACAUUCAUGACAUACUUUUGUUUGUACGGAGCACGUUUUUACAUUUAAUAUACUAACGAAAAGCGCAUUGCAAACUUUUUUAAUCAAAACUCGACGCGUUUGUUUUAGUUAGCUCCAGUUUUACAUCAAGAUGAAUGUUUCAAUGGUGAACUGACACGUUGCAGCUCGGUCAAAAGAAGUGAAUAGAUUAAAAAAGUAAUUCAUUUAGAAGCAUAAAUAUUUAUGCACAGAUAUUUUCUCCUUGGAGUUUGCAGGUUUUUUAUACUGUUUUGAUGCAAGAGUAGCUAAAUGAAGUUCGGAUGAUAUUAGUAAAAUUACCUAUUACAGGAAAAAAAAUUAUGAUCUACAUGAACAGUAAUUUGCCCAUAGGGAUUUGCCAACUAUAAUAAAAAAUCACAGCCGCAAACUUUUAGAAAAUACGUGGACCAGCAUAAAGCUUUUAAAAAUUACUGGUGCUGUAAUUCUAGCAUAACGUUCUUGUCUAUAUAAUCAUAUCAUUAGAGAUUUUAAAAAAAUCAUACUCAUACUGAAUACUCAGUAUGGUGCUCUAAAAACAAUCUAAACCAACGUUAUUAAAUAAGACAAAAACUGGUUGUGUACGACUUAAUAAAAUUGAAGCCUAACAAUGACCAAAAAUCAAUUGAGUCAAUUAAAUAAAGCUAUGUGAUCCUUUUUCAAAUCUAGUAUUUAGGUGUAGUUCUCGAAUUUUUGAUCCCAACAUUUUGUAAGUCCCAAAUAGGUGUUUUUUGGAUCCAACAAUAAUGGAAAUUCUGAACAUCUUUAUGAUUUACUUACAUACAGAUUUUUUAACCCAAGAUCAAACAUUCAUCUUUAUUCUGUUUCAAAAAAGUUGAAUGCAAAAAUCCUUUUUGCUGAAUCAAAGAAAUCAACGUUUUUAGAACCCAUAAAGAUCUUAGUCUUCAGUUACACUUGUCUUAUCUCUAAUAAGAAUAUACCGUAUCUCAAGGUCAAACUCUAUUUCACUCAUGGGCUGUUAGAAAUGCGGUGUUGGCGUUUGACAAUACUACAAUUUGAGUUGGAGGAAAAACAUGAUAUUUUCCUACAAAACUUGCGUAUGAAGAAAGUAGUAAUUAUGAGGUCUGAACUGAAUUCAUAUUGUUAUGUGGCACUUCUUUAUAAUUACCUAUUUAGAAGAAUUACCAAAUCUUUGUCUAGUUAGAAAUUGGUAUGCACAAGUAUAAGGACCAGUAAGUCAGAGGGUAAAAACAAAGUCUCACUUAAACUUUACAAAAAAAUACCUAGAUGUCGUCAUCAAUAUGAAUGUAUUCUACUUACAUUUUAAGCAUAUCAUAUAAAGUAUAAAGUUUGUAGAUCCUUUUUCUAAAACCAAAUCAUCUACCUUCCAACCAGUGAUGGGCGUUUACAUAUACUUUGUCUAGGUUUCGAUGUAUGGCUUGUUCGUACAGUAGUCGAUAACUUGUCGGUGACUGUCAAAAUCAGAAUCAGAGAGAUGUUACCUGUUCGUACAAUUUCUGACUGUUUGUCGACAGCUAAUCCGCUGUUCGUACAGAACCUUCUAACAGUUCGGAGAACGCCAGUCAAUCACUGUCAGUGAUAGCUGUCCGAAUGAGUCGAAACUAUCUUGAGAACUGGUAUUGCUUCGCAAAAGACAUUUACUCUUCUCUAACGGACAGUCUGGGGACACUUUCGCACCGGUGGGUCUUCGGCGAUCUAGCUCCCUUCUACCGCUAAGCUAAAGGCUUUGCUCCUAAAAGCUCUCCUCGAUGAUGCCGCCGCGCGAUGACUUGUCACAUAUCCUCGGCUGACUACGGCCUCCGAUCCUAAAAGUGUCGGUCUUCGUAUAUCCAGAACUGACCGAUUUGACCGCUCCUAUGUCGCUAGUGUAUCGAGAUUGUGGGGAGAUAAGGAGGCUUUUCCUAGUUUUACCAAUCUCAGGCAGUUUAAAAAACGGAUUAACAAAGUUUCUUCAAGCUCCUCAUAGCCGUCUCGCUGCCCUGGCAUUUAAGCUUUGCCUGCGCGGCUGCUUCGGAGUAAACAAAACUAUGAGCGAUAUAUUAAGCAGUGAACACGCGGGAAUGUCCGAAUUUUCUUUGAAAGAGAGAAUGAAACCCAAAAACCUGAAUUUUGUGGAGGAAAUAGUGCCACAAUUCAACAGCAACGAGUUCUUGUAACAAUUUCGAGUGAGCAAGUAAGUCGCAGAAAAAAUUUCGGUGAAAUUCCGUGGUAGUAACCAUUUUAAAUAUGAGACAGCCCUAUAUGGAAAACUAACCCCCUAUAAAGAAACCUAACCUGUAUAUAUGUACUUUCAAGGUUUGCUGGAUAAUCAAACAGCCAUCUUCAGGGAUGUAGCUGAUAGGAUCAAUGUUUCCGUGAGUAUCCUUCAUGCAGUUAUAACCAGAUUGACCAACUUUUUGAGUAGUCUGGCACCAGAAAUCAUGAAAUAGUCAAUAGAAAAAGAAAGAUUUAGGACAAAGCAGUAUUUCUAUAAUAAAAGUUGGUGUGAUAAUAAUCACCUCAAAAUUUCUCAGAUCUGUUAGGUUGCAGAGAAUAGUGAUGGCGCUGUAUUGUUGCGCUCUCGAGUCAAUUAUACGAGUACGGAUAUUCGGCUAUAAGUUGUCCUCACUAAAGUUUUUAUAGGACUAUAAGUUCAAUAUGACAUUAUAUGUUUUCAAUACGCAUUUCAAAAUAUCGUGGAAUAUUUUAGGUGGGAUAACCAGAUUAAAUAUUAUAAAAAAAUCAAAAAUGUUACUAUAAACUCAAAAUGCUGCUAAUACGAGUAUUCGUACAGAAAGGUAUACGCGAAUUCAUGUAAUACGGCAUCACAGCCUGGGGUGCCGCCUGCAAGACAUAUUUCUGACCUAGAUAUAGCACAAAAAAAUGUGUUGAAAGCCAUUUCAGGGAUUAUAUUUGUCUAACAACUUAUAUCAGGGAUACUUGAUACUAGACAACUUUAUUUCUUACAUGCCACCACCUUAUACCAUAAUCAAAAAGAAAUCUCAUAAACCCUCGAUUUCGAAUAGGCACCCAAAGACACACAAUACAUUAUUCAAAAAAUCAUUUAUAUUUUUAGCAGCUAAAUUAUAUAAUGUAGUACCAUAAGAAAUAAAAACACGUAAAUUUGAAAAAAAAAUGGACGUAAAUUCAAAGACUGCUUUGUAGUAUGCAGCAUGAAUUCCUACUUUUUUUUUCUUUGUCAUUCGAUGACUUUUUAAAUGAGAGUUGAAUAGGAAUUAUUGAGUAAAUCUGCAUGACAUUUUUUUGGUGCUUUUAUUUUACUGGAAUGAGUACCUGGUUAUUCCCUCUAGAGAAAAAUUCAAGCACUUUCGGGUAAUUGGACGAUAAAUCCUAGAUCAUUCUGGUUUACAAAAAAUCAAAAUAGCCGAACUUUUGCAAAAUACGUUACAUUCGAAUUAUGGUUGUACUUGAUUUCGGACUCUGACAAUUUACUGGACAAUAAUCUGCCGACUAAUUUGACAGUCAGAAGUUUCUGUACGAACAGUAGAUCAGUUGUCAGUAAUCGGUCCAAGCUCCCUCAGCCAACUCGUGAACGUAUCAUGUACGCAAUCUAUACAGUCAGUGACGUGUCAGUGACAGCUAACUGAAUAAACUAGGUAAACUUGUGGCCAACUGUCAGUUUACUGACUGACAGCCAACAGGCUGUAGGAACAAACCAUAAGACAAUGCGUAGACAAUGAAUACAACGCGUAUACAAUGUAAACAAUACGUAUAUAAUUUAUAGAAUAACAUAGGUGAGGUUAGGUUUACUCGCAAAUGUCAAACAUUAUCGAACCGACAACUAUAAAAACAUUAUGGUCGGGGGAGCUAACAAGUAAGAUAAUCGAUGAACUAGAAUUCAUUUUGCUUAAAGAUGGAAGAAAAGAUUCCAUCAUGAGCUGUAUCUGUAAAAAAAGGUUUUCUAAUUCAAUACGUGGCUUGAAAUCGGGUAAGUUAACGUUUGUCGUACCGUAAUAUGUGGCUAUCGCACUAUUGUACCAAUUUUUACUUGCCUAAUAGAAGCACAUAUCAAAUCAGAAAGUACAGUAAGAAGAAGUAAGUAAAACAGGUAUUACUACUUACGAAUGACCGAUAACGUCAUUGCGAAUCCAAAUAUUGAGGAUACGGACGACGCUGGAUGAAUUUAGUCAUAUGGGCGGAUUUUGUUUCCAGAAUGAAUUUCAUUUUAUGUUAUUUUAUAAAUAUUCCUAAUUCAUUUAAAACUAAAAUUCUGUAUAUGCAAACAAUAAGUACCGUUUUCUAAUAAUUCAAAAUUCAGCUUUAUAAACAUUGCUUAUAUGCAAGUGACCUAAUUGAACUAAUAUUUGCUAUUGUAUAUAUUGUCUACAUUGUCUUCAUGAACAUCAAGAUAUAUACAAUUACAAUUGUAUACCCGUGUACAAUGGUGUAUUUUACUUGAUGUGUACAAUGCGUUCAUCACUACUUUCAACCCAAACCAAAUGAUUUAAACUUUACAUAUCUCUCGAAUGUCUUAGAUAUACACCCAGAAGUCUGAAUUGCAUUUUUUCAAUCAUCGUUCAAGAUAUAUCUCCCAUAAGCAAUUCCUUCAAUUUGAAAAACAUUUUUUGUGAAUUUAUUGAAACUGUUUGAUUAUUUUUCCUCUUCAAUAGUCAAUUUUUCAUAUAAUUUCAAUGGCUUUUCUGUAGACAAAAAAAUAGUAAAUGUACUUAAGUCCAACUGCUUCAUGUUUCAAGUAUCUCCUUUUUGAUUAAAUAUAAGCAUUUCUAUUAAAAUCAAAAUGUAGAAAAUGUCAAUGUCAACCUUAAAAAUGGUAAGUUUUUAUUAGAACCGUACAAAAGACGUUCAGUGUUCGCACAAAAUUAAUUUUAUAUCAUGAUAUUAACUAGGACAACUCAAUUUUACAUUUUAAUGAGUUUAAGCAACGUAGUGGAGUUGUGGAUUCAUUUUAUCCAAUUUUGUUUUUUAAGGAUCUAAAAUUUUUUCAUCAUUAUUUUUAUUUUACCUUUUACUGAGACAAUUUGAUUUUAUAUCCUUGUAAAGUAAUUAAAAUCUACUGUUAUAUAAACUAAGCAUAACACAUACAUAGAGAUUAAAUGUGACUUUGGAGUUUUCAUAGUGUAACGUAAGUGAGACAUUACAAGGCUUGAAAUUGCGUGUAUACAGUUUAUCCAAAGACUUAAGGGAUAAGUUGAUCUUAGAAUUGAUAUUAUAUUCUCUCUCGCUGCGCUAAAGUUACGUUAUAGAAACUCCGAGAGCACUCCAAGUCCCUCCAUACUCCAAACUUUAACAUCUCAAAGUGAACCUAUUGAUCGUCUCUAGCAUUUACGUGGCUCUGUGUGUUGUUUAUACAUAGGCGAGGUGAAAUUCUCGUAUUUGUGGAAGAAAUUAUCCAAUUUGACUUAAAACAUGUUUUUCCAUAAUCACGUUGGGGCCAGGUGUGAAGGCUCAUGGGUUCGAAUCCCAGCUUCGCACUAGAUCGGUGCCAGAUCAAAUAGGUAUCAGUUACCAUUAGAUAAGCAUGUGGAAUAGUACAGUUUUGGUACAAGGGGCUCGCCAAAAAGGGUUAAAGAUGGCCUAGUUGCCAGGCUUCGCCUCCCCACAACUACUGUUAUUACACUAUAAUGCAUUGCAAAUAAAUUACAGAGCUUUAAAUCAAACUAGGACUAAAAUAAUUAUCGGGGUCUUGUAGGGGGAGCAUUGGACUUCAAUUUAGACACUUUAUAAUCUCCAAAACGAUAAUUUUUAAUUGAAUAUUAAAUCAUUGAAAAUUACCAUUGUUAUUGUUUUCCACACUUUAAAUAGCUAAUAACUUGAAAACAGUCAACCUAAAAAAAUACUUUGUCCUAGGCAAAAACAUAUUUUUUUUACAAAUUGUCUAACAACUUUACAUCGGGUUACCGCUGAGUGAACUUUUGAUUCAUGUUGGGGGACAUCCAACAAACCUUGGUUAUUAAUCAAAAUGGAAAACUCUGCCAUAAAUGCAAGGUCUUAGCCUCAAUUAAAAUAACCCACAUGCCACCUAAGUGCUGUUAGUGGAACAUUGCAUAUUGCAUGUCGUUGGAGAGAAAUCAAUGUUCACCAUUUCCAUGCGAAAUCGUUCUUGCGUUGGAGGAACAAAUUAGCUGUCUACUGGGUGGUCAAAAAACAAUGCAAUCUUCAUUUAGGUCACCUAAAGUAGUCGCAAUUUUUUGAACUGGGUCACUACGAUAUCCUAAAUAACUAUGAGUAACAUAUUAUCAACUGACCUCAUAGUCGAGAUCCACGUCCAGCGGCAAAAAUGUCAGCUGCAGAUAUCGCAAUUAUUGGGACCCAUUAGGUACUUAAGAUUUUAAUUUGAUCAUCUUUACAAACCAUAUCAUCACUGUAAAAAGUACUGCAGCAACUUGAGUGCUUUAUUCUGUAAGACCUGCCAUUCGGUCACAAUGAGUAAAUACCCUUUCAUCGAGCUUUUGAGAGUACAUUACCCACAACAGAAAGUAUGGAUCAGUGGAUCAAAACCUACUUCAACAAACUUCUUGAAAUAUUUCCCAUCCCGAAGUAUUUCACGCGAUCCAUACUUUUUAUUAAAACAGUAUCACGAAGUAUCCAUCCUUUAUUAGAAAAUUUAACUCUUAACUCCUUGCAACUAAAAAACAUCAAAUCAAUCAAGAAACACGAAAUUCGAGAUCGUCAACGAUGAUACCAAAAAAUCAUUCAAAAAGAAAAAUGGAAAAAUUGUAAUACUCCAUUUACACAACUCAUACCAAACACAUCGAGCUCCUUGCGUGUUUGAGCACUUUUACGUAGAGUCCUAAAUUUUUACAUGAAGCAAAAAAUAAAUGAUAUUGCUAGUUUGCAUGUUUUGAUACAUAACACAACAAGCCUGGUAUCGGGCGCACUCUCAGCCAAUUAACCUCAAGAAUCCAGCGGGUGUCGGGAAUAGAGGUUUAAUUGUCUGUUUUUUUCUGGCCUCUCUGUAUAAGUUGCGCUCCAGCCUUUAAACGAUGUGUAAAACCUACACCUUCAGUGAUGCUUUAGAAGUAACCCUGAGUGUUGCAACCGUGUCAUUGAUUUUAAGGUAAAGUUGUUUCGUGUUAUUCUUUAGAUUUUGAAUACAUCCACUGCUCAAAAAUGUUUCUCACCUACUAAUUUUUUUAACGAUUCAAGUUAGCAAGCUGCCAGCUAUUUUAACGAAAAUAUGACAGUUGACAAUUCCAAGAUGUUGGUUGGGCGCCAUUUCAGUUUAUUUUAAAUCGACUGGGACCAUGUUACUCCAUUUUGAAGCUCCUUAUCAAUACUUGAUAAGCCUCAACAACCAUCAACACGAUGUAAUAUCAACCCUAGUUUUUUCUCCUUCUAAAUAUGCAAUAUCCGUUUAAAAAAUGACAGAUUUCGACAUUUCUUUUAAAUGAUUUAAAUCAUAUCUUCCAUAUUGCAUUAGAUAUUCUUUCCAAGAGUAGAAUAUUGAUAUACAUACCAUAAAGGCUCUGUAUGUAAGUUCCACUAUUUGAUGAGUUAUCUGUUAUCACAUUUGAAAUUAAAGGUGAUAAGUCCCGUCAAAAUCUGAUCAAUAGUUUCACUCAUAUACACUUUAUAUAUCAAUAUAUCAUCUUGUUUAUAUACAACUAUCUAUUAUCUAUAGAAUAUACUAUAAUUUUUCCGCUUGCAUUUAUUAUUUUUAUACCAAACGUGUGAUCUAUCAUGUGAAAUGAUGGCGACGAGAUGGUCGUAUAUGUAUUAUCAGUCUUUAUCGUCAUAUUUUUCUACUUGCACAUAUUGUAUAUUAUGUAAUAUUAUCAUAAUCUAGAUGUUUAAUCGUAUCAUGUUGUAUGAAUGGUCUUCAAUAGAAAUGGUUCAACACGUUCCAUUUGUGUAGUCUAGGUGACGAAUCAGUAGAAAUAUGAUAAACAUAGCCGAGGCGAAAACCUCGUAUUCGUAGAAGAAAUUACCUUCUUGUUUGCGUAAUAACGUUUGCUGGAUGUUAAUAAUAACUUGAUAUUGACGACAAGCGGGCUUAGAGCUAAAAAAAGGCAGCCUCUUUUGUUUGAUAUUUGACAGCCCGCCUGAUACUCCCGAGUGACAAGGAGAGUAAAGCAUCUUCACAAUAAGCAUCCCGUAAGGAACAACUGAGUGUUUAAUCAAACAUCAACGUUAAUAAUGUUAGUACUUCGGAUUGUCAAAUCAACCAGCACGUGUCAGUAAUUUUUUUAAGCUACUGAUUUGUCUUCCUGACUAAAUAUGUUUAGAAUUAAUAAAUAUUGUACAAAGAAAUUUUAAAAAAUGACAUCAAUGGAAGUACUAGCCAAUGAUACCUGUUGGUGUUCAUUUUUAAAGUUUCUUAUGACGUAGAUAUUUACUUGUUUGACAAAACUGAGGCCAGGAGCAUUUAGGAAACAAAAUGUAAUUAACACGACGUCAAAUAUAUUGUCUUUGAAUUUUUAUCACUUAAAUAUUAUGACAAUUAAAUAUUAUGCAU